UUUUCCAGGCCGCAUCAUGGGCACAGAUGAGAAAAUCGAAGAAGACUUUUUGGAUAAUGCAUCUUUUAAUGGUGAAUAUAUAACUGGAGAAAGGAAAUUGGAUUGGGAAGUUAUGCGCAUUAAAUGCAGCAAUCUUGGAUUGGAGAAAUAUUAUAAGCGAUAUGAUGAAAGAGUGAUGGUAUCAAAUCUGGCCCUCUUUCAGUUCAUUGUUGUGUCAAUAAUUUCUUUUCAUAUUGUAUGUCUCUUAUUAGGCGCUGUGGAACACAGUUUAUCACUUAUUCUGUAUGCAGCUGCUUUAUUUCUGGUGCCGGUAGCCCUCUUUAUUAAUUUCAAAGAUACCAAGAAAGAUAAGCGCAUGCCACGGUGGCGCGUUAUUUCAAGCUGGGUGGCUGCUCUGAUACUGACAUUUAUGGACAUCGGUGUGGGUCUUUGGAUAUCUGAUUAUACCGGCAUUGUGAUUCCUUGUUACGAUCACAUUGUAGUAAUAUCGAUAUAUCUUUUUCUACCCGUUCGCAUCGUUAGCCGUUCAAUUAUCUUGGGCUUAGCUGUAUCGUUACUUUACUUCGUUCACCUGAUUUAUGUUUAUUGGAAAGCACAACGUUUACAAUUGACGCACCUAUUAGGUUAUGCAAUCUAUCUCCUGUCGCUGAACCUUCUAUCGACAAUUUUCCCCCUUCUGCGCGAGUUCUAUAUGCGCCAAGUACUGUUGGGGCGCCGAAAACUCCUGCAAGAAAAAUUUUUGCUAUCAGCAGCAAUGGAAAAUGAGACAGCCCUAAUAAAUACGAUACUGCCUCAACUAAUUGCCGAUACGCUGAAGGAAGAUAUCAGAAAGCGUAUAGAGAAGAGAGGACGACGCAGCUCGUUGUGGCCUGUCCGUCGGACGCUAUUUGUAGAGCCCCAUUCAAAUGUCUCCAUCCUAUCCGCUGACAUCAUGAAUUACACUGCGCUUACCACCACUAUGGAAGUUAAGGAAUUGGUUAUUUUCCUGCAUGAUCUUUUUGUCAGGUUCGAUGUGGCUGCUGAGAAGAACGAGGUACAGCGCAUUAAGUUUCUGGGCGAUCGGUACACCUGCGUGGCCAGCAUCCCAAAACCGAACCCGGCACAUGCCAAAUGCUGUGUGGACUUGGGCCUGGAGAUGAUCAGCAUUGUCAGCGCUAUAAGCGAGCGACGACAACUCAUUAUUGACAUGCGCAUCGGUGUGAACUCGGGGGAAAUUGUUGCCGGGGUUAUCGGCUCCAUUAAAUGGCAAUAUGAUAUUUGGUCACCAGAUGUGGAUAUUGCCUAUCGCUUGUCCGAGACGGGGAGAAUCGGCAAAGUGCAUGUUACAGAACGCACGUUAAUGUUACUCGAAAAUGAAUACCUUUAUAGCGAAGGCACUGAGCGAGCCAAGCAGGAUCCGGUUUUCGUUCGGGACCUCAUCAAAACAUAUUUGGUAUCGAAAAUGCGAGACUCUGUGCUAGACAUACAAAUAGAGGAAUAUGCCAGGCGUGACAUUAAAGGGCCUUUGGCCAAAUUGAGCGCAGGUACCAUUCCUUUGAAAACAGACCUAGAUAUGUACAAUGAGAUACGCUUCAAGACAAAAUCUAGUAUGAUUGAAGAAGUCGAAAACAUGGCGUCGGGUCACGCAGGAUUUGCUCGUAUAUUUGACUUCUCGAAGAACUCCAAAAGUUCCGCCGAGGACAACCUCUUCAAAUCGCGGGUUACCGCCGUUUUUUUGUUGUUUCGAAAUGGAGAAGAAGAAUGGAAGUUCAUUAACGUACCGGAUGUGCUUAUGAAAUACACGUGUUUCGCGGCAGUUGUUGCUGGCCUAAUGAUAUUCCUUAAAAUUGCAACCCAAGACUACACUAGGAUAAAGCACACGAAGCAGUUAUUAUUAAUGCUUGUCGUGUUGUUUAUUAUAUUCGUGUGCGCUUUCUUUAAGAAAUUCUGGACAAUGUGUAGUCGAGUAGCUUUGUGGGAUCUCCCAACAUUUUUCCUGUGGCGCUGGCUUUAUUUCGUAUCUGACUUUAUAGAACAGAAGCUAGUAGUUCGCCUGUUUCUGUGUUUUUUAAUUUCAAUGAUUCUCUACUUAAUGGCUACGAAACAAGUGAUGGACUGUCGGUAUAAAGCUUUCGAACUGGAACUGAUUGAAGCUGCGCUUAGCAAUACCAUCCCAAAAGACAUUUGCUUCCGACCCUGGGCCAUCACCCAUAAUAUCAUCCUCGUAAUUUUGAUAACGUUCUGCUUCUUUAGCAUGCCUCUGAUCUUCAAACUUGCAGUCGGUCUCAUACUCAUAGGUGCGUACAUCAUCACAAUAAAUGUAACAUAUGACUUUGCCUAUGAGCGUUCCGAGACGACGAAUUGGUUCUUUCGUGCCGAGGCUGGACACACAUGGUAUGUGGUAUCGAUCUAUCUACUGCUGAUCCUGAAAAUGCGGUACAACACAUUUGCCAAGAAGUUUAAUUACUACAUGCAAUUGCGCUUUGAAGAUGAGCAGAAAAGAACGGAAAACACAAACAAAUCUAUCAGAGUACUAAUGGCCAACAUCCUGCCCCUGCAUGUGUGGGAUAUGUUUUUGGAGAAGCGGCGCAAGAACGAGUUUUUCUACGAACAAAUAGAUAAGGUUGCCGUUAUGUUCGCUCAGAUUGUCAGCGUUGAUGUCGACCGGCUGGGACUGCGAGUCCUGAACGAGUUCAUCUGCUACUUUGAUGAUCUUCUAGACCAGUUCCAGAGUAGAUUCAAAAUAGAGAAGAUAAAAGUGGUCGGUUGGACUUAUAUGGCCGCCUGUGGUCUGGAGGUGGAUCGAAUUUCUGACCGUUCAAACACAACAAUUGAUGAUGAUGAUGAAGAUGAUAACAGAAGUAGUGUUCGUUUUGAUAUGGUUUUAGAUAAAACAACUGAUGAUUGGUUCUCCGAUCAAAGAUCGUUAAAGCCACGGCAACAUAAGUUUCUAAGACCGAACGACGAGUGCGUUCUCGUUCUGACUAAGUUCGCAUUGGAACUGUUGCGGGGAUCUCGAGAACUUUCAGCCAAGAAUAUGUUUUUAGAAAAUGACAGAAAUAUUGGAGGAUCGUUGAAAAUCGGCAUCUCCCACGGACCUGUCUCCGCUGGAGUGGUAGGCAUUUCGAAACCGCACUAUGAUCUGUGGGGACAUCCAGUUAACCUUGCCUCCGAAAUGAGUAACACCGGUGUCUUAGAUGCCAUCCAUGUGAGUGAGCGAACCGCAGUGGUUUUACGGCGCUAUGACAUCAGAUGUGAUUAUCGCGGACAGACAUCUUGUAAGAGUCUAGGCGAACUACCCACUUAUUUGGUAGCAGUCGAUGAAACCAUGAACUUCAUGCCUAACGUAGAUGAGGACUUAUAUCCUGGUCAGUAUAUGGAUGAUAACGAGGAUAUGGAAAUAGUUGACCGCUUGUCCGUCGACUCCAGGGACUCUUUGUUUUUGUCACCCACGGAUUAUAUUUUGCACGCACAGAGCAGCGAGCCCGGACUGACGCUGCCAUAUUUAGAGGAAGAGGAAAUUGGAGAAGAGGAGGACUUCGUUCAAACCUUAAUCCCAAAAAGUGAUUCCAUUUAUUCAACCAGUGGGUUGAUUGUGAAAAGCUCGUUAAUCAGUAAAAAAUCACGACUCACAUUAUUCAAUCAAAAGAAGGAUAAAAGGAAACUUCGAGUGGAUGAAUCCCGUACCGUUACACAAAUUUUGAGUGAUGACGAGUCGGUACUAGAUGACAAUAACGAAGAGGAUGUCGAGGAGGAACAGGUACGCGAAAAAGAGUCGGAAGAAAUUAGCGAAGACCGAAAUCGAUUGCAAGGUGGUGCACCAUAUUUUUACAUUGAAGAUAUUGAUGAGGCCGAAUCAGAUGCUUAAUAGCUGGGUACGUCCGGUUCAUUAUAAAAACUGGCUUUAAAUAAAGGAGUAACAAAGUAGGAACCUUUA